GCGGUGGGGAGCGGAAAGGAGCGGAGGGGAAAGGAGAGGAGCGGAGGGGAGCGGAGGAGGGCUCAGCCCCUCGGCCCUGCCCCGGCCGCGGCCCCCGGCGGGGCGCUGCGGGUGUGCAUGGCCCUGCGCGGGUGGCGAUGGCUGCGUGAUGGCCCAGCGCGGGCAGCCCGCCCCGCACGCCAUGGCUGCCAAAGAGGAGCUGUACAGCAAAGUCAUCCCCCGGCGGAACCGGCAGCACCGCGCGGGGACCAUCAAACAUGGCUCGUCGCUGGAGAUCCUGCUCUCCAUGGGCUUCCCCAAAGCCCGGGCACAAAAAGCACUGGCAUCAACAGGUGGAAGAAGCGUUCAAGCAGCAUGCGACUGGCUGUUCUCCCAUGUGGGUGACCCAUUCCUCGAUGACACCCUGCCCCGGGAGUACGUCCUCUACCUGCGCCCCACUGGCCCCCUGGCUCAGAAGCUCUCUGAGUUCUGGCAGCAGUCAAAGCAGAUCUGUGGGAAGAACAAAGCUCACAACAUUUUCCCACAUAUCACCCUUUGCCAGUUCUUUAUGUGUGAGGACAGCAAGGUCGACGCUCUCACUGAAGCUCUGCAGGCCACUGUGAUGCGGUGGAAAUGCAAGUUCCCUGCCCCUCUGCCUCUGGAGCUCUACACGUCCUCGAACUUCAUCGGGCUUUUUGUCAAGGAAGAAAGUGCUGAGGUGCUCAAGAAGUUUGCUGCAGACUUCGCUGCAGAGGCAGCCUCCAAAGCAGAUGUUCACGUGGAGCCCCACAAGAAGCAGCUCCACGUGACGCUGGCCUACCACUUCCAAACCAGCCACCUGCCCACGCUGGAGAAGCUGGCGCAGAACAUCGACGUCAAGCUGGGCUGCGACUGGGUCGCUGCGAUAUUCUCCCGAGACAUACGCUUCGUUAACCACGAGACUCUGCAAGUGAUCUAUCCCUACACACCCCAGAAUGAUGAUGAACUCGAGCUGGUCCCAGGGGAUUUUAUUUUCAUGUCCCCAGUGGAACAAACCAGUACAAGUGAGGGCUGGAUUUACGGCAUUUCCCUUGCAACUGGCUGCUCUGGGCUGCUGCCUGAAAAUUACAUCACGAAGGCGGAUGAAUGUGGGACCUGGGUGUUUCAUGGGUCCUACUCGAUUCUGAAUACUACAUCUUCCCCGUCCCUUCAAGCUUUCAGCGACGGAGCUCUGGAGAGAAGGCAGCAGGAAGACCAGGGGCCUGGGGACACGGGGCCACUCACUAUCAUCUGCCAGAACGUGCAGCCGCUGAGAAUAAGCAGUCAGCCAGGGCCUCAGAAGCGCUGCCUUUUCGUCUGCAGACACGGGGAGAGAAUGGAUGUCGUUUUUGGGAAGUACUGGUUGUCACAGUGCUUUGAUGCCAAAGGAAGGUAUAUGCGUAGUAACCUGAAUAUGCCUCACAGCUUACCUCAAAGAAGCGGCGGUUUCAGGGAUUAUGAAAAAGACGCGCCAAUCACCGUGCUGGGCUGUAUGCAGGCAAGGCUUGUAGGUGAAGCCUUGCUGGAAACUAAUACCAUUGUAGACUACAUCUACAGCUCCCCGUCCCUAAGGUGUGUACAGACAGCACACAACAUCUUGAAAGGUAUGCAACAAGAGAACAACCUGAAAAUUCGAAUAGAGCCGGGCUUGUUUGAAUGGACCAAGUGGGUCUCUGGGAACACACUACCUGCUUGGAUACCCCCCAUGGACUUAGCUGCAGCUACUCUAAGCGUUGAUACAACCUACAGACCUCAUAUUCCCGUCAGCAAGUUGGUGGUUUCUGAAUCUUAUGAUACGUACAUAAGUAGAAGCUACCAAGUAACAAAAGAAAUCAUCAGUGAAUGUAAAGGCAAAGGAAAUAACAUCCUGAUAGUGGCACACGCGUCCUCCCUGGAGGCUUGUACCUGCCAGCUCCAAGGGCUCUCGCCGCAGAACUCCAAGGACUUUGUACAGAUGGUCCGAAAGAUUCCCUACUUGGGGUUUUGUUCAUGUGAAGAACUCGGAGAUACAGGUGUUUGGCAGCUUACAGACCCCCCCAUCCUCCCCCUCACACAUGGACCAACUGGAGGCUUUAACUGGAGAGAAACCUUACUACAGGAAUAGGCAAAGCCACGCGAGCAAGGAGAACCCACGGCCUUUCUAAGCGUCGGAGAAUGUCUCUUCGUUCUUGUGUUUAUUGACAGUGGAGAAGUAGUCCUACUAUGUUACGUGGAUCACACAAACAGCUCUUCUAGCAUAUCUCUUACACGGCCAGAGUCACGCAAAAAUUCUCAUAUACAACUAGGCAAAUACAAAAGGGACCGAUUGGGAGGAAAAAUAUUAAAAUAUAGAUCGAAACUCUUGCACUGCAGGGAAUCUCUGUUUAGUGAGUUGCUCGGGUAAAUUUUCCCACCUUGAAUGGAGCUCUGUUAACACCAGUAACAUUUACUGCCUUCUGCACCCUGUUAGUAACAGCUAGCACUGUGUGAAAGGCGAGCAUUCAGGAUGUGUUUGGGUUUUUUUCAUUGCUAUUUUUUGCAAAGCAUUAGCAGGCUUGCUCAGGACCACGUGUUGACACCCUCCUCGCUCACAACCCCCAAGUUCUCAGCACCGUUCACAAAGCCUACCACCACCAGCUGGAAACGAGAGGUCAGCAUCGCCUCUGCAGGCAGCAUCAGAUUGUUCCUCUCCUCUCUGUCUGCCCUGGGUCAGGUGUUUGCAUACUGUGGAUGCAAAGACUGACACUGAUCUGCAGCAGAAGAAAAAUCUGAAUUUCACAUCACUUACAGAUGAAGCUUGCACAUCAAAAGACAGCGCCAUCGUGAACAAAGACUGGGAGCUGUUGCUCUUAAGUGGAGAUGAAAUAAGCCAAUUCCAAUCAAACCUGGAGGAUUUAGAAAGGCUGUUUUGUUUUUUAUUCCCCUUUUAUUUAAAUUAUUGAAAUCCACUCUUGUGUGCAGACCCAGCCUAAAGCGUCUGUGUCAUUUAUACCCCCUGAAAAAGGGGUUUUGCCUUUUUUACUGAGUUCUUGUGCUGGUCAUUUACACGGUGGUGGUUUUCUGUUCCUCGUGAGAUUUUCUGUCAGCCCUGAUAAGGUUCUGCAGCAGGCAGCUUUCUUAAGUGGGUAACGCUGAAGUCAAAAAGGCGGCACUGAAAUUCGGCCUAGGCUGCAUGCUUGCCUUCCUUUCGUUUACUCCUAAGUGCCAUCUGUCGUAAAAACAAAGCAGAGCUGAAAAAACAGUACACUGAAAUUUAGGAGCAGCGUGCUUUGUCCUAUCGAGAUGCUAUUUAUCCAGUGGGGAAGGGUUAGUUUUUGGGGAUAAGGGCUUCCCUCUGGACCUAAAAUCUGUGAAAUCACAGGACGUGCUGUGGCAGGCAGAGCAGUAGGCCCCUUAAUGCAACAGCCUGCUCCUGCAAGACGCCAAUACCGGCUGCGUCAGAGGAGAACACAAAAUACCCCACAGAGGGGAGUUUAUAGGACGAACUGGCUUCAGAGCAGGUUUCUCUUAGACAGUAUUACCUUAAGUCUUCUGCCCUGAAUCAAAAAUUUCCUGCAGACAUUUGUAUGGCCAAGUUUGAGAAGGUACUCAAAAAUGUGUAUAAAUGAGAUAAAAGAGGAUUUGGGCAUACUCCUUUCUUGGUUUGGAGCAUAAUUCUGAAUAUCCCCAAAAAUAACAGCAAAGGCAGUCCAGAAAAGAUUCUGGCAUCCUAGAGUUCCCCUCUUCUGUCCACGUUUCCUUCCGCAGCAAGCAUUAGUAUCUUUAUUUAAAAUGUUUGUAUGGCACAGAGGUUUAUAGCAGCCAGCUUUGACAAUGGCCUAUUAUUCACAGAAAGAUCAAAGUCUGAUUUUGGGUGAGUUUCUUUUACCCCAUCGAGCCUUUGGCAGGACUGGCCUUACCUUCAGUUGGUUAAGAUGGGGCUGCACAUUCAGUAGGCAGAACAAGUAAGGAGCCAUAAACUGCAACCCCUCGUUCCUAAAUAAGGUCAAACCCCCUGCAGCUGUGCUGUAAGAGACCUUAACGGGUUGUAGCUCAGCUCUGUCGCUGCUUUAACGAGUUGAUCUUGAGCUUGCCAGGGCAAGUAUAGCAAAUGCUGUACAGAUUUUGAGUCGGCAGAGAGCUCAUCCUGUGCAAUACGGUCACAAUCCGUACCAGUAGUCCGUUACUUACACAUUUAUGACUAUGUAAUGCUCAGUAGGCCACUCAUAAGCGCAUUAUGAUUCCAGGGAUGUAUUCUAAAAAGUCAGGGAGAUAACUUACGAGAUGACAGAAAGAAACUGCUCCGCUGCAGUUACGCUGCUGUCACUUUAGUUCUUAAACUAUAAUUUAAGCUAUUCUUGGCUGUGUUCAGACAUUGUGAAGAGCGUUUCUGGCUUGUUUUCCUCCAUGCUUACUCACUGCAAAUUUGCAAAAAGUUUAUUUAAAACUAAAUAGGUGACAAUCACACAAAAACUAAUUUGGUUACCAAUACACGUGUGAUUCUCUGGAUGGUGUUUUGUUUCAUGCUACGGGUCAGCAAGCUGUGAGUUGGGAUGCCAAAUAUCACCUAUACAAAACAGUGCAGGCUACUUAGGUCCUACUACAGUUAAGCCACAUUACAAAGAAUUUAUUUUGACAGAAGCAUGAAACAGAGAGGGAACAAAACCUGAAUGCACAAUUUGAAUAUUGUACUAGCUGAUCUUUGCGUAUAAUGAGUAAUACAGAAAAAAAAAAGUGUUCUGUUUUAGAAGGUAGAAUAUGUUAAAAUACUCUCUUCUUAAAAAUAUAUAUUUUUGGAUGCUUGGGAAAGUAUUUUGACAAUUGUAGUCUUAUGUGUCAUUAGAUUUUUCAGGUGUCAAAAGUCUCAGAAAGAAAUUUUUAUUUUCUUCCAGCAUUUGGAUUUCUCGUAGGUGUUUUGUGUUAAGUGUUCUCAUGUUGCUAAGGCUUACUGGGGGGAAAAAGUAACAAAGAUGUUCCUUUUCAAUUUUUAAUUAAGAUGUUAAGAAUACAAAACAGUUGCUGCUUCACUUCCACUCCACUGCUGUUCAUUAAUGUAUAUUUAACGUCGCUUCAGCGUUUUGUCCCAGAAAAAUGUUAGACUUGAUCUGCCUGAAAUGGGUGCAAGUGUUCUUGCCAUCACUGUGGGCUGCACUGGAUCCUAAGAAUUCAAUUAGGGUGUAGAAGGGAAACAGCAGUUCCUAGAUUUUCCCUCUUUUCCCAAUUCAGGAAUAAAGCUGAAAACCUGCCAAGAAUAAACUGUUCUUCCAAUAGUUCCAUAGACUGUAACUUAAAGGUUGGGCUAGAAAAAUAAAUGAAUAAAGCUCUAGCACAUCAAUUGCUGAUGGGAGGAUGGCACUCAGCAGCCAGAGGGGCAGAACUGGCAUAUUUUAAACAAGCUCAGAUUUGACCAAGUCUUUGCAAAGGGCCUGUACCCCUGGCCUCGAUAUCUCCCUGUGCUGAAGUGGCUGGGAGGAGACCGCAGCAUGCCCCAACCCUGCUGACUUGAGCUCUGCUCGUGGAUACUUUCUAGCUUAAUACAGAUCCCAGGUCUAAAGUUCCAUGAAUUCACCCUAUAUUUUGUGCAGUGGUAGCUACAGCCAAAUGCUUAAAUAGUCUGAGCACAGGGCCAGGUUCCCAGCAAGUGUAAAUUGAGCCCGUAUACUCAAAUCAGAGCUUUGCCUCUUUACAUAAACUGAGGAUGCAGGUCACCAUUUGAGGGGAAAAAAAUAUUUCCCUUUUCACUCAGUCUGAACAGUGUUGGAAAGAACAGUCAGCUGAUGUUAAAAGCCUCCUUUUCUCCUCUGUUGUUAGCUUCUAGUAUCAACGUUACUAUGAAAGUGAUAACUUACAUCACCAGAUAAGCAGUUGUUUAAAUAAUUCUGCAGGAAUUGUUCUUCAUGAAAGCAACAAGAGAUAAUUCUGCAAAACAAAGAGGCUACGAGAGAUGCUAGAAUGCAACUGCCCAGCAUAUUAUUUUGUAACCACAGCCCUGAGUCCCGGGGGUAACAAUAUCUUAAGGACUUUGGCAUUGUAAUCGCUCCCUGUGUACUCACUGCAGCUCUUGGGGAGAAGAGGCCAGAGGAUGGGGAAGGGGCUGCCUGGGACACUGCGACACGCUCAGCCUUCCCACUUAGCUGCUGCACUGGGACCAAGGGGUUGGAGACUUCUCCCUCUGGGUCCUCAAGAACACCUGACCCAGAGGCCAGGGACACAAACAGGAAGAUUGCUCCUGAUUUCCCCAGGCUUGGGAUGAAGCCCCACAAAGCCUGGUCCUACCACAGGCUGCCCCCCCCACCUGCCUUUGACUUCACGAGGAAUACAGGGGAGUCCUACAUCAGUUUGGGGUUGAGCCCUCCCAGUCCUGAUUUGAGCAAUGCAUGAGAGUGGGAUGAGAGUCUGAUUAUGUUCGUGCUCAUUUCAAAAAGAGUGAUGCUAAAUAGUUGAGUUAGGCCAUAAUUAGAUAAAUCUCAUUAAAACCCAGAGCUGGAAAUUUGUUUGCAAUGCUUCACAACUUAAAGUACGUUGAAAUUCCAUAAGAAAACUAUUGUUUAGAAAGGAGAAUUUAAUAGUUAAAC